AUGGCGGGUUGCGGCGGAUUAUAUUCAGGCGAUCAGUGUGUAAAGGCCCUCUAUCGUCGUGCGGUGGCUAACGAGAGGCUGAAAGAAUACACAAACGGCCUGGCGGAUGUAAAGAAAGCAUUAAAAACUGUUCCUGAUGAUGUAGACUUUCUAAAGGCGGAUGUAAAGAAAGCAUUAAAAACCGUUCCUGAUGAUGUAGACUUUCUAAAGCUGAAAGAGAGACUAGAAGUGAAGAUAAAAGCAGAGAAAGAGCAGCAGAAAAAGAUGUAUUCGAGGAUGUUUGGCUAA